AUGGGUGACGCAUACGCCCACCAGACGUACGGCAAGACGCGCACCGAAUGGAUCGCCAACCUCGACACCGAGUACACGCCCGCGCGCGUCUACAGGCGCACCAGCAUCAUCUGCACCAUUGGGCCCAAGACAAACUCGGCAGAGAAGAUCAACAUGCUCCGCAAGGCCGGCUGCAACGUCGUCCGCAUGAACUUCUCCCACGGCAGCUAUGACUACCACCAGUCCGUCAUCGAUAACGCCCGCAAGGCCGAGAAAGAGCUGGCCGGUCGCCCUGUCGCUAUCGCCCUCGACACCAAGGGCCCGGAGAUCCGCACUGGCAACACUCCCGGCGACGAGGACAUCCCGAUCAGCGCUGGCACGGAGAUGAACAUCACCACCGACGACAAGUAUGCCACCGCUAGCGACAACAAGAACAUGUACGUCGACUACAAGAACAUUACCAAGGUCAUUGAGAAGGGCCGCACCAUCUACGUCGACGACGGCGUCCUCGCCUUCGAAGUCCUCGAGGUCGUCGACGACAAGACCCUGCGCUGCAAGGCUGUCAACAACGGCAAGAUCUCCUCCAAGAAGGGUGUCAACCUUCCCAAGACCGAUGUCGAUCUCCCAGCGCUCAGCGAGAAGGACCAGGCGGACUUGAAGUUCGGCGUCAAGAACAACGUCGACAUGGUGUUCGCGUCGUUCAUUCGCAGGAAGGAGGACAUUCUGCACAUUCGUGACGUCCUCGGCGACUCCGGCAAAGACAUCCAGAUCAUCGCCAAGAUCGAGAACCAGCAGGGAGUUAACAACUUCGACGAGAUUCUCGAGGUCACUGACGGUGUCAUGGUGGCCCGUGGUGAUCUGGGUAUUGAGAUUCCACCAGCGCAGGUCUUCAUCGCACAGAAGAUGAUGAUCACCAAGUGUAACCUUGCCGGCAAGCCUGUGAUCUGCGCCACUCAAAUGCUGGAGAGCAUGACUUACAACCCUCGCCCGACUCGUGCUGAGGUGAGCGACGUUGGCAAUGCUGUCCUCGACGGUGCCGAUUGUGUGAUGUUGAGUGGUGAGACGGCCAAGGGCAACUACCCGAAGGAGGCUGUUUCGAUGAUGCACGAGACCUGCUUGCUCGCAGAAGUCGCCAUCCCCUACGUCAACGCCUUUGACGAGCUGCGCCAGCUCGCCCCACGUCCAGUACCGACCACCGAGACCUGCGCCAUGUCCGCCGUCAGCGCGAGCUUGGAGCAGAACGCCGGUGCCAUCCUUGUCUUGACCACCAGCGGCAACUCCGCCCGCCUCAUCUCCAAAUACCGCCCCGUCUGCCCCAUCAUCAUGGUCACGCGCAACGCCCGCGCCUCGCGCUACUCGCACCUCUACCGCGGCGUCUACCCCUUCCUCUACCCCGAGGCCAAGCCGGAGUCCUUCAAGACCGUCCCGUGGCAGGAGGACGUCGACAAGCGCCUCAAGUGGGGCAUCAUGAACGCGAUCCAGCUGGGCAUCCUGAAGAAAGGCGAGGCGGUGAUUUGUGUGCAAGGGUGGCGCGGCGGGAUGGGGCAUACGAAUACGUUGCGUGUGGUGCCGGCGGAGGAGGAUUUGGGGUUGGAUCAGGACGCUUAG